CGCCAAAGGACUGUUUGGAAAGCCGGGCAGCAGGACGCCCUGCUGGCAGCUUUCGCGGAGAACCCUUACCCAAGUUUCAGGGCCAGGCAGGACCUGGCCAGGGAACUGGGGCUGCCUGAGUCCCGCAUCCGCGUGUGGUUCCAGAACCGCCGAAAUCGCACCAGGGAGGGGCUGGGCCUCCAAGGCCCCGAGGGGUCGGCGGGACCAAGCGGGCUAGCGUCCCCUCAGCAACGACCCAAAGGGCCUGGUGCCAGGGCACGAGGUGGAAGAAGCAGACCCGCAGAGCGACGCACCAGGCGUCGCACUCGACUCAGCCCGGCACAGUUGAGGAUCCUGCUCCAGGCAUAUGAGGACGAAGCAAGCCCGAAAUAUGGUGCCAUGGUGAAGCUCGCCCAAGAGACCGGUUUGCCUGAGGACACCAUCUCCAUCUGGUUCCAAAACCGGAGAUUGCAGACAUCAGAGAUGAGCUAA